UGGUUUGUGACUGCGGCUUCCGCGUAGGUGUUUCUCUGUGACUGGAAGUAAAGUUCAACAAUGAAAAUUUGAUAAUUUCCCCCCGUAAUUUAAUACGACACCCAUUCAUAUGUGUUCCGCCUCAUGAAGUCAAAAGAAGGCUCGUUUUUAGGCUUUUUUAUAUGAGGCAGCAGCAGCACAUAAAUUGUUGACAGCUUCCCUGCAGUGCUGUUUUGACUGGGAUAUGGAUAAUGGAUUGCUGUAUAUGUGAAUUAAUACAGUAUCUGCUGUGUCUAGCGCUCAUCGCCUUUCUUCUGGCUGUUGUCAUUGCCCAUGUCAGUGCAAAGAUGGUUGAUCAGACUCGCCAUGAGAAGGAGAAAUUCUUUAUAACUGCGGAAGGCAAGACGGAGUCAUUCCCCAGUCUGUUGGAUCCUCACUCGCUGGAGCUGUCUGUGGUGGUGCCUUCAUACAACGAGGAACUCAGAUUGCCUGUCAUGAUGGAUGAAGCCAUGGAAUACCUGGAGAAACGUCAGAAGAAGAAUCCAUCGUUCACAUACGAGGUUAUUGUAGUAGACGAUGGAAGCAAAGACAAAACUACAGAGGUUGCUAUGGGAUACACAAGAAAGUAUGGAGCGCAAAAAGUGAGAGUGUUGACACUGGUUAAGAACCGUGGAAAGGGUGGUGCAGUGAGAAUGGGGACUUUAAGCUGCCGUGGACGUCUCAUUCUCAUGGCUGACGCAGAUGGAGCAACCAAGUUUGCUGACCUUGAAAAAGUGGAAGCUUCUCUUCAAAGCAUCAGCCCCAAGCCUGAGAACAUGGCAAUCUCCUGUGGAUCCAGAGCUCAUCUGGAAAAAGAAUCAGUGGCUCGGCGGUCUGUAUUUCGAACUUUUCUGAUGUAUGGAUUCCACUUUCUGGUGUGGUUCUUUUGUGUGAGGGGGAUUAAAGACACACAAUGCGGUUUCAAGCUCUUCACCCGUGAAGCGGCUUUGAAAACAUUCUCCAGUCUGCACGUGGAACGCUGGGCAUUUGAUGUUGAACUCUUAUACAUUGCGCAGUGUUUUAAAAUACCCAUAUCUGAAGUGGCCAUUAACUGGACAGAGAUCGAAGGGUCAAAGUUGGUGCCGUUCUGGAGUUGGCUGCAGAUGGGAAUGGAUCUAUUCAUUAUCAGGCUGCGUUAUCUCACCGGUGCCUGGACGUUGGAGUCCGACAGAAAAACCCAGUAGCCCUGUAAAUGCUAGUGUGCUUGUCACUGUUCAUGAGCUGAAAGAGGCUUGCGGGGGCAGCGGUGAAACACACAGUCCAUCGAUGCAAAUGAAAUGUCAGCAUUGACAUUUUAUCACUAUUACUGACCGUGCCGUGACCACAUAAGCGAGGGGUCUUUGUGUUUUGUUUAUGUUAUGUUUUUCAUGUUUUUUAUUUUUGUCACAGUUACAAAUCUGGUUUUGGUUUAAAACGGUUCUUAUAAAUGGCCAAAUAAAAAAUAUUUGUGAAAUAA